AUGUUCGAGGCGCGCCUGGUCCAGGGCUCUAUCCUGAAGAAGGUACUGGAGGCGCUCAAGGAUCUCAUCAACGAGGCCUGUUGGGACAUCAGCUCGAGCGGCGUAAGCCUGCAGAGCAUGGUCUCGUCCCACGUCUCCUUGGUGCAGCUCACCCUGCGCUCCGAGGGCUUCGACACGUACCGCNCUCUUACACCUAUAAUUACUUCAAAACUGGUAGGAGGACAGUUUGAUUUGGAAAUGAAUUUCAUUAUUCAAGAAGGUGAGAGUAUCAUGUGCAUGGUGGACCUACUGGAAAAAUGUGACAUUACCUGCCAAGCAGAAGUAUGGAGUAUGUUUACAGCCAUUCUAAAGAAAAGCAUACGAAAUCUUCAAGUCUGUACUGAAGUGGGGCUUGUUGAAAAAGUUCUUGAGAAAAUUGAAAAAGUUGACAAUAUGAUAGCAGAUCUUUUAGUUGACAUGUUGGGAGUGCUGGCUAGUUAUAAUUUGACUGUUCGAGAAUUAAAGCUUUUCUUCAGCAAACUUCAAGGAGAUAAAGGACAAUGGCCUCCACAUGCUGGGAAGCUGCUGUCUGUGUUAAAGCAUAUGCCUCAAAAGUAUGGUCCUGAUGCCUUUUUCAAUUUUCCAGGAAAGAGUGCUGCAGCUAUUGCAUUGCCCCCUAUAGCCAAAUGGCCAUACCAGAAUGGUUUUACAUUUCAUACGUGGCUUAGAAUGGAUCCUGUAAAUAACAUCAAUGUAGAUAAGGAUAAACCAUAUUUAUAUUGUUUCAGAACCAGCAAAGGUCUUGGCUAUUCUGCUCAUUUUGUUGGAGGCUGUUUGAUUAUAACAUCAAUAAAAUCAAAAGGAAAAGGCUUUCAACACUGUGUGAAAUUUGACUUCAAGCCACAAAAAUGGUAUAUGGUAUCUAUAGUGCACAUUUAUAACAGAUGGAAGAACAGUGAGCUUCGAUGUUAUGUGAAUGGUGAGCUAGCUUCCUAUGGAGAGAUAACAUGGUUUGUCAACACCAGUGAUACAUUUGACAAAUGUUUCCUGGGCUCUUCAGAAACAGCAGAUGCUAAUAGGGUCUUCUGUGGUCAGAUGACUGCAGUGUACCUUUUUAGUGAAGCUCUUAAUGCAGCUCAGAUUUUUGCUAUUUAUCAGUUGGGCCUGGGAUACAAGGGUACGUUUAAAUUCAAAGCAGAAAGUGACCUUUUUCUUGCUGAGCAUCACAAACUUUUGUUGUAUGAUGGCAAACUUUCUAGUGCCAUUGCAUUCACAUACAAUCCACGGGCUACAGAUGCCCAGCUUUGCCUGGAAUCAUCUCCUAAAGACAACCCUUCAAUUUUUGUUCAUUCACCGCAUGCACUCAUGCUCCAGGAUGUGAAGGCAGUUUUAACACAUUCCAUCCAAAGUGCUAUGCAUUCAAUUGGAGGAGUACAAGUGCUGUUUCCACUUUUUGCACAGUUGGAUUAUAGGCAAUAUUUAUCUGAUGAGGUUGAUUUGACUAUCUGUUCAACUUUGCUGGCUUUUAUCAUGGAGUUGUUGAAGAAUUCAAUUGCUAUGCAAGAGCAGAUGCUUGCCUGUAAGGGCUUCUUGGUAAUAGGAUACAGUCUUGAAAAGUCUUCCAAAUCCCAUGUCAGCAGAGCAGUACUUGAACUUUGCCUUGCAUUUUCAAAAUACCUGAGUAAUCUGCAGAAUGGGAUGCCCCUACUCAAGCAAUUGUGUGAUCACAUUCUUCUUAAUCCUGCUAUAUGGAUUCAUACUCCAGCCAAGGUUCAGUUGAUGCUCUAUACUUACCUGUCCACGGAAUUCAUUGGUACAGUCAACAUAUAUAAUGCCAUUCGGAGAGUUGGAACAGUGCUUCUCAUCAUGCACACACUGAAGUACUACUACUGGGCAGUGAAUCCUCUGGAUCGAAGUGGUAUCACCCCAAAAGGAUUAGAUGGACCACGACCUAAUCAAAAAGAAAUACUUUCUCUACGAGCAUUCUUAUUGAUGUUCAUUAAGCAGUUAGUGAUGAGGGAUUCUGGGGUAAAGGAAGAUGAACUACAGGCCAUUCUUAAUUACCUACUGACUAUGCAUGAGGAUGACAAUCUAAUGGAUGUCCUACAGCUGCUUGUUGCAUUAAUGUCAGAACAUCCUAACUCUAUGAUUCCUGCUUUUGACCAAAGGAAUGGAUUACGUGUUAUCUACAAACUUUUGGCAUCGAAAAGUGAAGGGAUCAGAGUACAAGCUCUCAAGGCAAUGGGCUAUUUUUUAAAACAUCUGGCCCCAAAGAGAAAGGCUGAAGUCAUGCUUGGACAUGGAUUGUUUUCAUUGCUAGCUGAAAGACUCAUGCUUCAGACAAAUUUAGUCACAAUGACCAUGUAUAAUGUCCUGUUUGAGAUACUUAUAGAACAGAUUUGUACUCAGGUGAUACAUAAACAGCAUCCAGAUCCAGAUUCUUCAGUAAAGAUACAAAAUCCUCAAAUACUAAAAGUAAUCGCCACCCUACUUCGAAAUUCUCCCCAGUGUCCAGAGAGCAUGGAGGUUCGCAGAGCCUUUCUUUCUGACAUGAUUAAACUUUUUAAUAACAGUAGAGAAAACAGGAGGAGUUUGCUACAGUGCUCUGUGUGGCAAGAGUGGAUGCUUUCUCUCUGCUAUUUUAAUCCUAAGAAUUCAGAUGAGCAAAAGAUAACAGAAAUGGUAUAUGCCAUAUUCAGAAUCCUACUUUAUCAUGCUGUGAAAUAUGAGUGGGGCGGCUGGCGUGUUUGGGUAGACACUUUAUCAAUCACACAUUCAAAGGUCACCUUUGAAAUACACAAAGAAAACCUUGCCAAUAUAUUUAGGGAACAGCAGGGAAAAGUUGAUGAAGACAUAGGGCUGUGUUCUUCAAGUCCAGUUCAAGCAGUCUCUGGCAUUAGCAGGGAUGUUAAUGUUUCAGAAGGGUCUCAGCAGUCAGAUAUGAAGGAUUCUCCUGUUUGUCCUCAUUUCACCAGAAAUAGUGAUGAAAACUCAAGUAUUGAGAAGGCAAGUUCAGUAGAAUCUGCGUCC